AUGAAAGACCAGAAACGUAAACUAAGCAACAGCACCACCGAGUCUCCACGACGGAGUAAACGAGUCCGCAAGGACGGUGCUCCUCAACAAGAUGACAACGUGUCUUCCAACCACAAAGUCCACUUCUUGCGAGCCCCCACGGAGGAGGAGGAUGCAUGGGUGUCUCUGCCGAUUCUUGAGAUGAUGGACAGCGUCCAAAUGUGUGACGAAAACCUCAAGUUCGAAUGCGUGGCCGGCACUGUAUGGAUCAACGAAGAGAAAGCAUUCGUCGUCCGAGUCUCCGAAUGUCUCUUCUUAACGCACUUUCAAAACCUUGACUUGAGCGAAAUUGAUUUGACUGAUGUGGCUAUGGAAGACAUCCCAAGGACCUACGCCUCGUUCCUGGCCAAUCGGUUUGGAAUUUCUCCCAAGUCGAUCGAGACCUUUCCAGUUCCCUUGGAAGAUGUCUGCCCGAAACACCAGUCUGAUCUUACAGUCGUACCUGAGCAGAUGAUGGAGUUCUGCCAUUUCAAGCUCACCUCCUUCACCGAAUACAAGCCCGGCUGUACUGACAAUAUCAACCACCUUGUCCUGGCAGAAGCCAAAGCCUGCGAGCUGUUGAUGAAAAACCCUCAUCCAAGCAUCGCUAAGUACUGGGGAUGCCACGUUAUCAAUGGCGAGAUUCGUGCGCUCUGUUUUGGCGAUUACAUCAUGAGUCUCCAUGAUCGUCUCGCAACUGGUGUAUCACUCGAUGCAAAGCGCUGUUUGAAAAGUAUUCGAGACGGAAUCCUUCACAUGCACAGCCUGGGUCUCAUGCACAAUAACAUCAAUCCCUACAGCAUCGUGAUGGAUGCAUCCGACAACCCUGUCAUCAUCGACUUCGAUUCAUGCACACGCAAAGGAGAAAAGAUAGUGAAGGGGGUUUGGUAUCCGGACUCGUACAUCAAGAAUGCGAAGACAGGAUCUCCUAAGAAUGACUUUUAUGCACUCAAGAAAUUGGAGGAGUAUAUGUCGGGACAUGAAGAGGCUGUUGAGUGA